UUGCAGAGUAACGUUGCCACUUUUGCGGAAAAUUUGGCAGUUGAGCUACUUGGCAUUUCAGCAGCUAAAUAUAAUGCUGCGUUGUUGCUUAAGGCAAAAGAUCAUAGAGGAAGACCAUUAUUAGAUGUACUGAUAGAAAAUGAACAGGCAAUGGAAUUUUUAAAUUAUUUCGAAAGAUAAAGCUGACAUUUUUUGUUCAGAAGGAAGUUGUUUCCUACGCUUCAGUUCAGCGCUAUUUGACGGAAAUAUGGUAUAUUGCAUAUUUUAUAAUGAAGCUAUUCAGAUUAUAGGAUGGGCGGCAUUGACUGGUCCUUUGGGAAAACUUUGGCAUUUACUUUCUUUGUGUUGAUCUGCCCUCCUGCGUGGUUCUACUUUUCGUUGCCGUUGGACAGUCGGAUCGGUCGAGCCCCUUUUAUAAAAUUUGUCUGCCAUAUCGUUUCUCAUAUUUAUUUUACAAUUCUUCUCACUAUUGUUGUACUUAAUAUUACUCACAAAAUGUAUGAGGUUACUUCUGUAGUACCUAAUCCCGUUGAAUGGAUGCUCUUAUUAUGGCUUUCUGGGAAUUUAGUUUCAGAGCUUUCAACAAUAGGUGGAGGUUCAGGACUGGGCAUUGUGAAGGUAUAUGAUAGAGAGAAUUGUAAAAAACAAUAUUGUCUAAAGGUAUUGAUACUUGUGUUAGCUGCAAUUGCCAUUGCUGUUCAUAUUUUGGCUUUUUUACUGCCCGCCUUCUAUUUAACACACUUGGAUAGUGAUGAAAAAUUGCAUUUUUCACGCACAAUGCUCUAUCUGAAGAAUCAGUUGCUAGCAUUUGCAUUACUCUUCGCAUUCGUAGAGUUUCUUGAUUUUUUAACAGUUCACCAUUUAUUUGGUCCUUGGGCAAUCAUUAUUCGCGGUAACGUUUAG